GCUUGAACUGCAAACGGUAUAAAAGAGCUGAACUGAACUGAAAAUAAGUUGAGAUCUCCAAAUCUAACUAACACCAUGCUGCGGACACUGGCCAUCCUUCUGCUUCAUGCAGUAUUUGUUUUUGGAUGUGGCACACCUGCUGUGAAACCCGACACCAGUAGGAUUGUGAACGGCCAGGAUGCCCGUGCCCAUAGCUGGCCUUGGCAGAUCUCCCUGCAAGUGAAACAUGGAGCCCGUUAUCAUCACACUUGUGGAGGGACUUUGAUCGGUCCUCGCUGGGUGUUGACAGCUGGACACUGUAUCUGGCCGGGAGACAUUUACCGUGUGGUCUUAGGAGAGCACGACAUGAGCUUGCAGGAGGGCACAGAGCAGAUCAGAGACAUCCUGCGCAUCAUUGUCCAUCCAAGCUGGGACAUUGACCACGUAGCUGAUGGCAAUGACCUGGCCCUGCUGAAGCUGGAUAAGAGCCCUAUUAUGAGUGACAGCGUCAGCGUAGCAUGUCUUCCCCAGGCAGAGGAGAUCCUCGCUCAUGGGACCCCGUGUUACAUCACUGGCUGGGGCAACCUCUACACCCACGGGCCCAUGCCCGAUAAGCUGCAGCAGGCCCUGCUGCCCGUGGUGGAGCACAACAUUUGCAGUCGCAGCGACUGGUGGGGCGGCACCGUGAAGAAGACCAUGGUCUGUGCAGGAGGAGACGACGUAUCCGGAUGCAAUGGAGACUCUGGCGGUCCUCUCAAUUGUUUGGGUCGGGACGGCAGGUGGUACCUUCAGGGCGUUACCAGUUUUGUUUCAAUGAGCAAGUGCAAUGAAGUGAAGAAACCCACCGUCUUUACUCGCAUUUCUGCCUUCACCGAUUGGCUCAGUGAGGUUAUGCUGCACUACUGAGGCUCUGCCGGAUGCCACUUGGAAAAUAAUGAAGUCCCAGGAAGACAUUCUGCCUGUAUGGUCCGAAUUUGUUUCCAUUUUUUUAAACUCAGUAAAAGAGUUAUAGUCAAGCUAAAAAAAAACACCACUUGUAUUUAAAAAAAAUAAAACUUCAAACUGAAA